GGAACAUGCUCCUUCGAUCAUCUUCAUGGAUGAAAUUGAUAGUAUUGGUUCUGCUAGAAUGGAAUCUGGAUCUGGCAAUGGGGACAGUGAGGUGCAGAGGACUAUGCUCGAACUUCUCAAUCAAUUGGAUGGAUUUGAAGCUUCAAAUAAGAUAAAAGUUCUUAUGGCCACUAAUAGGAUUGAUAUUUUGGAUCAAGCUCUGCUCAGGCCUGGUCGUAUCGAUAGAAAAAUUGAGUUUCCUAACCCCAACGAAGAGUCCCGCUGGGAUAUUCUGAAAAUUCAUUCAAGGAAGAUGAACUUGAUGCGUGGAAUUGAUCUAAAGAAAAUUGCUGAGAAAAUGAAUGGUGCUUCUGGUGCGGAGCUCAAGGCUGUCUGCACAGAAGCAGGUAUGUUUGCCCUGAGAGAGAGGAGAGUGCACGUUACGCAGGAGGAUUUUGAGAUGGCGGUGGCCAAAGUCAUGAAGAAGGAGACUGAAAAGAACAUGUCCCUCAGAAAAUUGUGGAAGUAGUUUUCUCCUUAAAGUUAAACUAUUGUGUGGAUGCUCUGUUUUCUUUUGCUUACAAGGGGACAAGGUAACUGCUGCUUUGCUGGUAUUAAUGGAGUUCUUCUGAAGUUAUUGGGCACUUCGAAUAACAAACAUAUCUUUUGUAUUUUUAUAAUGUUAGUGCGUUUGUUAAGGUUAAUCGAGGAGAUCCUGAAAGCCGAUGCACAACUGUUCUGACAGGCUGAGUUUUUCCAACUUGGGUGUUGUGGAAAUAUUUAUUAUUGUUAGUAUUUUUUUUGAU